CGUGUUCGUAAUACAACUCUAUCUAAACCCGGGCUAGGCCGCUUCAAGGCAAUUCCAACGAAGGAAGAAACAGCUGAAAAGUUGAUAGAAAAUUUCUUUGAAAUACCUGCGAGUGACGUCGCCAAAAGACGUACCCGUACUAAAGUGGAAGAUACAGUGGUGAUUUUGGAUUCAUCUGGAUCAGUCGGAAAUUGCGAAUUUGAUAAAGGAAGAACAGCUCUGAAAGAUAUGAUGAUGAUUAGUCGUGAUAAUUAUGAGAAUUACUAUGCUGGUGUUGUGUAUUCAACAACGGCAACUGUGAAUUUUCAAUUUUUGUCUGCCUCUGAAGCUGCUAAGAAAAUGGAUGAAUUUUCGUACGAGGGUGGAGACACGAAUACUGCUGACGGGCUUAGUAAAGCUUAUGAUUUGAUCUUUGAUCCAAAUUCUGGAAGCCAUUUUCCUUCGAAAAAGAUGGUGUUUCUAGUAACAGACGGGCAGUCGAACGAAAAUCAAGAUCAGACAAUACCAAAUGCUGAAGAUUUGAAAAGUGCCGGUGUUCAGAUCUAUGUCGUUGCAGUAGGUGACUUCACUAAUGGCAUCAACGAGAUAGUGGACAUCGCGACUAGGCCUAAAAAGCAUCUGUUCCGAGUAAAAACGUUUGGGGACUUUCUAGACGUCGUUAAGCUUGUUGUCAAAAGAGUUGAUCGUGAUACUUACGAAGUGGUUGGAGACAUUCCUCCUCCAUGUUGAAAACUUCAUGCACCGGCUGAUGCGGCUUGC